AUGACGUACCAGAUCUACCGCUGGCAGGGCAACAACGAGUCUGCCGCCCUGUCUGUCAGAGGCGACCUUGCCUCGCAUGGCGCACACCAUCGCCAGGACUCGGGUGCCCAGCACGUAGUCCGCCGCCAAUCAUUCUCGGGCUGGGACUCUGAUUCCGAUUGGAAUCUGGCUUACCGGCCCAACCAGAUUAACGUGCCUGGCGGCUUCCGCCGUCAGUUUGUUCGCGAGCGCGCCGAGCGCCUGGGCCGAGCGUCACCGGGCAUUCUUGCCGAAACGUUUGUUGACUUUAUUGCGCUCUACGGCCACUUUGCCGGCGGCAACUACCUGAGCGACGACGACGAGGAGUAUUUAGACUACAUGCGCGGUGUGCCCGAAGACGAGCCAGACAUCAUUCAGGAGGCAGGCCCGGCUCCUACCGAGCGCACGCCCCUGCGCCGCGUAUCAAGCAGCCUCAAUGCAAAAUCGUCGAACCGUAAGGCUUUCUUCCUGGUUAUAAAGGCCUUUGUCGGGACCGGCGUGUUGGUGCUCCCGCGGGCAUUCUAUAACGGCGGGCUGCUGACAUCCUGUCUUCUAAUGUUUGCCGUCGCGUGGUACGCCUGGCAUUGUAUUUUGCUGCUCGCCGACGUAUACCUAAAGGUUGGCGGCGGCAGCUACAGCGACAUUGGCCUGCGGCUGUAUGGACGGUGGAUGCAGUACGCCGUGACCACGUCCAUCGUCAUGGCGCAGAUUGGCGGUUGCUGCGCAUACGCUAUUUUUGUGGCCCAAAACUGGCGCAACGUCUUUGAUACGCUCAGCGGGUGCCGCUUUCCGCUGUCGACAGAGUUUUGGAUCCUUAUCCAGAUGCUUGUGUUUAUCCCACUGGCGUGGAUUCGCCAAAUCAGGUACUUUGCUCCAGUCGCCCUCAUGGCCAACUUGCUCAUUAUCCUUAGUCUCGGCUACUUGGUGGGCUUCGACCUAUGGUCCAUUGCUGCCAAUGGCCCAGCGCCCAUUGUCAACUACAACCCGGCGAGGUUCCCGCUGCUCGUGGGCACUGCCGUUUACUCCUUCGAGGGCGUCACCCUGGUGAUUCCGAUCAUUGAGAGCCUCAAGGAGAAACGCGAUUUCCCGCGCGUGCUUACACCAGCCAUCAUGUUCUGCCUUGGCCUGUUUCUCAUGGUGGGCUCGCUGUCCUAUCUAACCUUUGGCGAGUCGGUCGAAGCCGUUGUUCUGCUUAACCUCCCCAAUUCAUCUGCGUGGACGAUGGUCGUGCAGCUGCUUUAUUCUAUUGCCAUUCUUUUUUCCAUGCCCCUGCAGCUAUUCCCCGCUGCCAAAAUAAUGGAGGCAAUGAUGUUUACGCGGUCUGGAAGGGAUCACGGGAGUGUCAAGUGGUGGAAGAACACGUUCCGCACGGGGUUGGCCUUGUUUAUAGCGCUGAUUGCUAUCUUUGGCGCGGAUCAGCUGGAUAACGUCGUGUCGCUCGUGGGCUCGUUUUGUUUGGUGCCUCUGAGUUUUAUUUAUCCAGCCAGUAUGCAUUUAAAAGCCGUCGCUGAGUCACGGUGGGUCAGGGUUAAGGACUGGGUGCUCAUUGUGGUUGGCGUAUUUGCCAUGUUUUAUGUUACUUUUAUUUCUAUCACCACUUGGGGUUCUUCUGACCCUCCAGUCGAUAUGUGCUCAUCUACACCUUAG